AUGGGUAUUGUUGUUCUUUUGGUUUAUGUUGAUGAUAUUGUGAUCAUUGGUUCCGAUUCUGCUUUACUUGGUCAGCUCAAAACUCAUCUCUCUGAGUCCUUUCAUAUGAAAGAUUUUGUGUCUCUCACAUAUUCUCUUGGUCUUGAGGUGCAUCAUAGUCCCUCUGGUAUUUUCCUCAAUCAACAUAAGUAUGCAAAUUACUUGGUGGCUACAGCUGGUCUACAAGGGGCUACUUCUGUUGAUACUCCCAUGGAAUUAAAUGUCAAGCUUCGCAAAGAGGAGGACGACUUACUUGUUGAUCCCAGUUUAUACAGGAAGUUGGUGGGUAGCCUUGUUUAUCUCACCAUUACUAAAUCGAACAUUUCUUUUGUUGUACAGCAAGUCAGCCAGUUCCUUCAGACUCCUCGUCAUCUUCAUUUGGCUGUUGUCUGUAGGAUCAUACGCUAUGUUCAAGGCACUUCUACUCGUGGCUUGUUCUUCCCUGCAAGCAAUUCUACUCGCCUUGCUGCUUAUAGUGAUGCUGAUUGGGUCGGUUGUGUGGAUACCCGUCAUUCCAUCACUGGUUGGUGUGUGUUCUUAGGUGAUGCAUUGAUAUCUUGGAAAAGUAAGAAGCAAAACGGAGUCUCUAAGUCAUCUACGGAAUCUGAGUAUUGGGCGAUGUCUCUUGCUUGUUCUGAAAUCAUUUGGCUUCGAGGUUUGCUAGCGGAGUUAGAUUUUGCUGAGACCGAUCCUACACCUCUACAUGCCGAUAAUACAAGUGUUAUUCAGAUCACGGCCAAUCCUGUCUAUCAUGAGCGCACAAAGCAUAUUGAAGUGGACUGUCACUAUAUCCGUGAAACCUUUGAAGCUCGUGUUAUCACUCUUCCACAUAUUUCCACUGGACUUACAAAUUGUUGA